AUGUAUGAACACGAAGACAAGGAAAUGGGUAGAAGAAGAGCCACGUCACAGUUUAAACGUCAAGAAGCGAAAAAUGAUGACGACUCGUUGACACAUGAAUUACGAGGGAUUGUGAUGAAUCAGGCAAAAGGAUACAACUUCAUCUCUUUCUCGAAUGAUAAGGAAGCCGCUUAUCAUCGGAAAGAUACGAGAAGCAAAGGAUUUCAAGAGUUGGAACUUGGUGGACACGUAUGUUGCCUCGUCAGAGAUAUGCAAACCUGCAGCGAAAACGAAACGCCUCGAUGUGAAAUUCUUAGCUACCAAACGAUUCCAUCUCCUGCCGGAUGGGGAGUUGCAGGGACCACCGAUGCUGGAUUAGCUAGGAUAAUCUGCCCAUUGCGUUUUCUCCACAUGUCACAAGGCCGCUCGCGACGUCCCUAUCCAAUUUAUCACAAUGAGUUGAUGGAAAAGGUUCAUGAUUAUGAUCGAAGGACUAUCGGCUUUAGUGAGAAGCUAGACGUUGAGCUGCUGAAACGUUUAAAGGUGAAGGCCGAAGUUAUUCGAACUCGAGUUCCCGAAUGGAGAGGUCGAAAUGGGCUUCUGUUGAAGGUCUUGCUGGAAAAAGAGAUUGUCGACUUGGAUGAUGAUUGGCUUCAACAAGGGCGUAUUGUGGAGGAACUGGAAUCGGAGCGAAAUUCUCUGCCCAAUGAAAGCAACGAUCGUUUCCCUACAAAAUCUCAAAAACAAGAAUUGCGAGGGAUUGUGAUGAAUCAGGCAAAAGGAAUGAAUUUCAUCUUUCUCUCGAACGGAAUGGAAGCCUCGUACAGUAUGCGAGACGCAACCCGAAACAACGCUCCAAUGAAACUUGGUGAUCACUUGGAGUGUGUUAUCAGCGAUGUAUUAACGUUUGAUGAUGUCAAAAAGAGAACGAAAUGUGAAAUUCUCAGCUAUCGGAUUGUCCCCACGCCAACUGGUUGGGGACUCGAAGGGCAAACGCCUGCCGGGUUGGCAAAAGUAGAGGAACCAGAUGUACCCAUUCGACGAAGAGAAGAGCCCAAAUCGACUCCGAUCCAAAAAAAAGAGCCGUGUCGGGAGUAUCAAACCAAAGGAUUUGUCAUCAAGCGAUGGGGUCUCUUCCUAAUCGUUUGUCUAGAAAAUAAAAGAUCGGCGAUCAUCGAUACACGGAAUUUUCCUGACGGAGUGCCCGAGCUAGGCACUUUCAUUGAAUGUGAUGUGAAGAUGCUCAACGCGUCAAUUCUUGACCAGGAGAUGAUCUACGAAUGGGAAGUGGUCAAUAUGGGGCCAAUUGAUCGAAGCGAUUACGAAUCUAUCGUUGAAAAGGAUACAGCUUACGUAUUUUCUCGACACUUGAUGUUUGAAGGAUAUCUCUCAGUGGGCAAAACUCGUCAAGCUCACUUCUCACAUCCGUUUUUUGGAUCGAUUUGCGAUAAAUAUGACAUUAUUUAUUCCUCCUCUCAACCCGGUGAUCCAAUCGAGGCCUAUAUUGGAGCCGUUCGCGAUGGAGAGUCGAAAUUUCAGUGGAUCAUCACCGACCCGAAAGCCAACGUGAAUUCUCCACAAAAGCCCCUUCCCCGAGCAGUCAUCCCACAUUUCGCAGAAGAAUAUGAGAGUGAAAACAACUUGCCAACUACGAGCGAGACUUAUUCGGUGCACGAUGCCCAGUCGAAAAUUUCUUAUGGAACAAGUGAUGAAACCAAACGCAUCAAUUCUCGAGUGACCGAUCGAUCAACCAGCAAGGCAGUGGAUCAAGGAAGAGCUUUGACAUGCGAAGAUUUGGUGACGAAAGCCAUGAACAACCCGGAGAUCAGGGACGCGAUUUUCCGAGCCGAUCCCGAUUUAUUUGCCCAGAUUCUCAGCUUGAGCAUG